AUGAGCGCUCUCAUCCAGAUGCGUGAUUCUAAUGGUAAAUUCAUUCAAGCUCGUGCUUUACUUGGUACUUGUGCUACUGCUAACUUCAUUACGGAAAAUUUAACUAAUAGAUUAAAAUUACCUACCCAAACUUGUUCUAUUCCAAUCGGUGCAGUUAAUGGAAUGCAAACUUUUUCUAAACAUCUAAUUCAAGUAGUAUGCAAAUCUUUAAACAAUAAAUUUCAAAAAUCAUUAUCUUUUUUGACAGUUAAUAAAAUCACUGAUUUGAGUCCUAACGAGGUAUUUCCACGUGAUAAAAUAGACAUACCAAAUAACAUAGCCUUGGCUGAUCCACUAUUUCAUCUUCCGCGACCAGUAGAUGUUCUCAUUGGUUCCGGAACCACUUUAGCUUUACUGUCAAUUGGACAAAUUAAUCGCUCACAAGAAGAUUAUGAUUUAGUUAUACAAAAAACACAGCUUGGUUGGGUUGUAGCAGGGGGAGUGAAUGAGGGUAACAAUACACAACCUUUAUUAUGUCAACUUUUAGAUUUGUCAAAUCAAUUAACUCGUUUUUGGAUAAUAGAGGACGUUAGUCCUAAAGGAUCUAGAACUUUAGAUGAUUCCCUUUGUGAGACACAUUACCAACUUAACACUACCCGAGAUGCAAAUGGGAGAUACAUUGUAAAAUUACCCUUUAAGGUCGAGAAUGUAGAAUUUGGUAACUCUAAACAACAAGCUUAUAAAAGAUUUCUCUCUUUACAGAGGAGAUUAAAUGUAGAUCAGCAACUUAAGAUUGAGUACAAUAAAGUAAUGCAGGAGUACAUCGACCUUGGUCAUAUGGUACUCGUAUCACAUGAUUAA